AUGAAUGCUGAAGAAGUACGGUUAGAUCGUUGUUCUCCUAUGCAGGCGUCCAAGUUUGCUUUUGGUCUUUAUCCGAGGGAAUGCGAGUUAUGCCUUCCACGACUGGAGUUCCACGAUCAAGCUCAAUUCGCUCGUCAUUUGCGAGUGGUGCACUCUACGAGAGAAGGAGGAUCGUACAUUUGUCGAUAUGGCGACAACAAUGUGUGUCAAAAGCUUCCACUGGAAGGUGUUUCUGAUGACGAUUACGAGGCACACAUUCGUCGUGUACACUGUGUACCUCUUCAGCUGGCAACGCCCACCACAGGGGGCCCGCAUGAUAAAGAGUUCACUUUAACGAGGUCGGUUCCUAUCUAUACAUGUUACGAGUACAACAAUAUAAGAAUAAUAACAACAUUUAUUCGUUUUUUCCAUUGA